AUGUGGUGGUACCGCAAUACCACCGAGAACGCCCAUUCCCACCUCCUCAACCACUCGGCCAACGCCUUUUGGGGCGCUCCGACCGACGGCAACAGAUGGAGCGACGAGCGCAAUCGCGAGCUCACGGCUCACCUCGAUCCCGCCUACGUCAAGCGUUUGAGCAACUCUCCCCGCCCCAUCACGCUCAAGAUGGACGAGCCUGCCCGCCCGCUGCCCAUCGUCGGGAUGCAGGAUCACACCCGGCUCACCCUGCAGCGGAAGAGGGCCACGCGGAUGGGAAAUGUCGCAGUGAACCCGGAGAAUGAGGCGAAUUGGAAGAGGCUGGGGUUGGAGAAGUGCUGGAAGAAUAGGAUGCUCGCGCCUACUGGCCCGCCCUGCGAUCGGCCCCAGUUUGAGGAUAGCGCGUUCUGCGACUAUCACUCGUGCAAACUCGCCACGCCCGACGGGUAUCGCUGCCCCAACCUCGUCGACAAUCCGGCUAUCAGCCGUAGCUGCUCUUCCGGCUACCACGCCGAGACUGACCGGGACGCCGAGCUCGACGCAUACGUCGAGAAGCGCAAGGCCGCCAUCGCCAUCGAGGUGGCUAUCAAGGCGAAAGCCGACGCCCAACAGGAACUCGACCUCCGCAUGCCCCUCAUCACCGAGUAUCAGCGUUCGCCCGAGUUCAGACAAAUGUCCCUCGAGUCGGGCGACGAGGCCGACAACCCCGAAACUCCACCUACUGCGCAACCCGCCCGGCUCGCCGAGGACGUCAGGGUAUGGUGGCGCGGUACAUCGACCGGGAACUCGGCGGAGCUCAUGUAUCCCCUUCCUAUCCCCAUCCGGUCUUCCAAGCCCGUCGCGGAGCCAGUCCCAGCCAGCGAGUCCACUUACGCGUCGCUCGACUCUAUCGCGGUCGACUUUGGGCUCGGCCUCACCAUCAAUGCCGACGGCCCCGGCGUCGGCGUCAACGUCGGAGUCAGCGCGGUCAACGGUAAUACCUAUCGUCAGCUCGGCGCCGGCGGGGACGAGCAGUCGGCCGAGACCGAGGAGGAUAUCAGUCAGUCCCUCGACACGGGUAUGCGCCGGCAGUUCCCCCAUAUCGACGCGCCAGCUACCACCAGCCAGCCAGCGCGGCGGUCGGCAAGCGAGCCGAGGCGGUUGUCUUUGGGGUCGGGGAGUCGGAUGGCGAGAAUCAUGACUGAGCGCUUUGGCAAUGGAUACGUCCGGAGACAAGCGUUCGGUCAUGCCUCGUCCUCCGACUCGGCCUAG